AAGGGUUUAAAAUGUCUGUAAUGGUGGCACACAGGGGACCCUGUCCUCGCCCCUCUUUGUGUGGCUGUUCCUGCAUUGACGCCCGCAGCUGUGGUUAGCUUUGGAAAUCUGUCAAACAUAAAGGGAGUUUGGCUGAAGACGAGAGGGGUGUAGCCUUGUUAAAUCACAUUGUCUGGGACUGUGAAUGCGGCCUUAAUGCGCUGAUCACUUCCGCCGCCUUAUUAGUAGCUAUUAUCCCUCUAAACCAUGUCAUUUAUGAGCUCUUUAGCUUCACGUAUAUGUCGUGCGUGUAUUUUGUUUUUGUUGCCCCCUCCCCCUUAUCUCUUAUGUUACUUUGGACAAUUAUUGUCAAGCAAGUCUUAAAGGAAUAGUACUCCCCUUCCGGUGUGAUUUUCAAAACAAAACUGUUCAAAGCACGAAUAUUCUUGGAUUUGUUAGUUGCAAUUUUCAAACUAAAUGUUAGCAUUUUUCUAAACUCAGCUCAGUUGUGAGGGUUAGCUUUAAAUUAGUUAGCUGCAAGCCUUUUGGGGGUAUGUCUCUACCAGCUUUGCACAUCAACAGACUGAAUUCUGUCCCAGAUAUUUUUAUCUUCAUAGCUCCAGCUCAAUCCGUUUAGAUGGAAAGGAUCUGUGAACAUCAAUUUUCAAGUGAUGCAACGGAUUCUCCACUGAAUUUAGGUCUCGUGACGUUAACAGGUGUCCAUCAUGCCGCUGUUUGGUAAAUCCCACAAGAGUCCUGCAGACAUUGUCAGGACCCUGAAGGAAAACCUGGUCAUCCUGGUCAAGCAUGAUAAGAAGACAGACAAGCCUCUGUGUUCUCCAGGCGUCUGAGGAGGUGUCAAAAUGCUUGGUGUCGAUGAAGGAGAUUCUGUACGGGAGCAACGAUAAGGAGCCACACACUGAGACUGUGGCCCAGCUUGCACAGGAGCUCUACAACAGCGGCCUACUGAUUUCACUGGUGGAAAACCUGCAGGUUAUAGACUUUGAGGGGAAGAAAGAUGUUUGUCAGAUCUUUAACAAUAUCCUGAGGAGGCAGAUUGGGACGAGGAGCCCCACCGUUGAAUACUUCUGCACACAUCAAGAAGUCCUGUUCAUACUCCUGAAAGGUUACGAAACCCCCCAGGUAGCGCUGAACUGUGGCAUCAUGCUGAGGGAAUGUAUUCGCUAUGAGCCACUAGCAAAGAUAAUUCUUCAGUCCGAACAUUUCCACAAUUUCUUCAACUACGUGGAGAUGUCCACUUUUGACAUCGCAUCUGAUGCCUUUGCUACCUUUAAGGAUCUCCUUACAAGACACAAAGGGCUUGUGGCUGAUUUCCUCGAACAGAACUACGAUGUUGUGUUUGCAAACUACGAGAAGCUGCUGCACUCUGAGAACUACGUCACAAAGCGGCAGUCGCUUAAGCUUCUGGGCGAGCUGUUGUUGGACAGACACAACUUCACGGUGAUGACACGUUACAUCAGCAAGCCUGAAAACCUCAAACUAAUGAUGAAUCUGCUCAGAGACAAGAGUCCCAACAUCCAGUUCGAGGCCUUCCACGUGUUUAAGGUGUUUGUAGCGAACCCCAACAAGACGCAGCCCAUCUCCGACAUCCUGCUGAAGAACCAGACCAAACUAAUCGACUUCUUAAGCAACUUCCAGAAGGAUCGCACAGACGACGACCAGUUCAGCGACGAGAAGACCUACCUUAUCAAACAGAUCAGGGAUCUGAAGAAACCAGCCUCCUAGAAAAGCUCCCCCACCCCCCCCCCCCACCCCAACUUUUUAUCAAUAGGAAGUCGUAGAAAAAAAAAAAAACAUUAACAAUAAUAGCUGUUCUAUUUAAAAAUAAAUAUUUCCUGUGUUGGUUAAAGUAGCUCAUAAUCACUGAUCUAACUUUUGUAAAUUUAGUUUUUUAUUUUAAAAAAUCUUUUUUUCAUCUGUAGCAUGUAGUGUCUCAGCUUAGAAGCAUCUGAUUUGCUUUGUUUAAAGAACCAGCAGGAGGAAAACAAACUUUUGCAGAUUCUCCGAUCGUCGCUUCAAAAAGGGGAAAUUUGCAAUCGUGUAAAUGAAUUGCUGCGAAUCACCAAAAUCUUGAAGGAUUUUUGUUUUUAUAUAUGUGUUGGAGUCAAAGCAAUUGUUGGGAAAAGAUGGGGAAAACCCUUGGUGAAGUAAAAACAUAGCCAAAAACAAACAAGUUGUGCUUUCUGCUCCUUAUCUAAACAUCAGAAACUAGCACACGAUUAAUGCAGAAAAUAUUGUAUAAGAGCAGCAAUGCCAGCUCCAUGACUAAAUAUGUGAAAGGCUGUGUCAGUAUGUGCCAUUUUAAUAAACCAGUGGGCUUUAGCAAGAUGCUGAAGAGAAAAGUUUCAGUCAAAACAUCCUGAAAAUUCAAUUAAAGCAGAAAUGUUUUAAGAAUCUUCAAUCUUUUUAAUUUAAAUUUCUGACCACUGGUACAAACAGCUUCAGUCUUGUUGAGCACAGUUGCCAAAAGCAUUUUCUGUACAUUAAAAAUAUAAAAAAAAUAAGUUGAUUUGUUUUCAGUGCUCUUGUCUUUUUGUUUUUUUAUAUAUAUAUUUGCAUUUCUUACCAUGUACAGUGGUAUGUGUUCCUGACCUGAACUGAGUGCCAUUGUGAGUGAGAACAUUAAUUAUAAACCGUGAAGAAGAGACGAGCUCUAAUGGUGGCUGUUUUGUGCUUUAAUUUUGUUUUCUCUGAUUUAUGAAACCUAGAAGGAAAUAGUUGAAGAUUCUGAUGUGCCUUUCUUUUUGUUUCGGUGUGUUUUCUUCCCGUUUCAUUCACCUUUAUUUGUUUUUACUGCAUCUUUCUUGGGGGAGCUUAAUUAUGAUCUUGAUGAAAAUAUGCUCUGGACAGAACAUAUUUGUUUUGAUUAAGCAGUGAACCUCUUAACUCAAUAUGUUUGAGUUGCACUGUCAUUAGGGACAUUUUUCACUUUUUGCAAUGUGCCAUUGUUAUUUCAUUCAGCUUGUAAAUUGCAUAGUUCCAUUAAGAUGGUUUGAUACAGUUAUCUCCAUGAAUUUGCUAAUAUUUUGGGCUUUUAAUCAUUUAUUGUAGGUCAACAGGCUCCAAACAUAAACAUAAAUAUAUUAAUAUUUGGAUAUAUGUCCCAUAACUAAGCUUCUGGUUUAAAUCUGGCUAGAUAUUCGACCACUCUUGAAAUUGGUUGUUUUCCUGAUGCAAAUCAAACUUUCAAAGUUCCCACAUUUUCAAUGAGUUGACAUCUAGGCCACAAUCUUCCAUUUUGGUUAUUGUAGCGAUUUGUGCAACGAAAUAAUCCCAUGGAAUGAUGCUGCCACCACCAUGCUUGAUUGUUGAUGCAGUAAUGUUGGGUAUCAACUGGGUUAAUGCUCGAAUUUUGAAUAGGUUAAACGUGUGGGCUAUUCCAGAAGCAUAAUGUUAGCCUGCUUUAAUAACCAAUUUUGAUGGGUUUGGAUUGUUGUCCUUUGGAAACAUCAGAUUAUGUUCAGGUUUUAUCAGGUUGAACUUUUUUGAGGUUGUCCUCCAUUUUUGUUACUACUACUACUACUACUACUCUUAACAGUGAACAGUCCCAAAGCAUGAUGCUGACAUCACCAUGCUUGACAGUCAGUGCAAUGUUCUUGGAUAUAAAAGCCUUCCCUGGGCAGCAUCUCUCAGCUGUUGCUAGACCUGGGUAUUGGUGUUCCUGAACAUGCAAAAAAUGUUCCUUCAUCUGAGGGUGACAGUUUGAGAGGGAUCGUGGAAAUUUAGACACAACUGAGUGCUUUGACAAGACAACGAACCACGAUGCACAUGAAAACAGGUUUUUAAUUAACCCUAAUGAAAAUUUGUGCACUAUACAUAAAAGCCAGUUCUAUUGAACUCUUGCCAAAAUCAGGCUAGAAGCUUGUUGAUGGUUCCCACAUGCCUUUGGCUGGGAGACAUUUAUCCAAAUUUUGCAGUCUGUACACAUAAAUAUGGCCUCGACUGAGUUUGACAAAAUCCACAUUAAAUUCAAACACUUGUUUAAAAAAGUAUUGAAAUUGGUAGAUGAAGAAGAGGUCCAUCCUGUGUAAAAAAACAAAAGUUCCAAUAAACCACUCAAAGCCCAAAAUAAUACCAUUCAUGCCGAUAAGUGGAUGUAAACGUCUGUCCGGAGCUGUAAAUUCUUGCCAACAGGGUUAUUUGGGAGACCUAUUGCAAUGAAUGACAGUGAACAAUCAAUUUGCUGUAGAUAAAGCACACUUUAUUUUGUCCUCCUUUGACUUACAAAAAAAAAAAAAAAGAUGUAAACCAAAUUUAACCCAAUCAUCUCCACUUUAAGAUUUCACAAAUUACUUCCCAGCUUUGCUUUGUGAUUAACUAUUAGGAAACGUGUAUUUUGAAAUUGCUGCAGAUCCAAACAGAAACAAAUUCAGUAGUUCUGUCAGUAUCAGUCACAAUCCUGUGAGCUGCCAUCAUGCUUCACAUUUGGGUUGAUAAGAAAUAAACAGUUCCUCAUGCUUGUCUUUUGGGUGAGAAAUAAAACCAGCGAAUAGUUUAGACACUUUGUUACAGUCAUAAUGUGAAACACCAACCAGCUUUAAAUCUAUAUAUUCAAUAGAAGCAAAAUCGAAUUAGUAACUUUGGUAAAGAGUUCUUUCUGAAAGCAGACACCUUGUCCUCCCACACUGAUGCUACUGUACCACAGUUACUACAAAUAAAAAAGGAUGGGAAUGCA